AUGGCAUCUUCCAACGGCGUCAAGAGAAAGAGCGCUCCCGCCGGAAAGGAUCGACUCGAAGAAAAAGGCGGAGCCUGUCGAGACCCCGAGAGCGACAAUGAGGACGAUCUUGACGACAACUCCUCAGACUCGGAUGAUGGAGGUGUCCAGCUGAAUCCCCGUGACAGGGCACAGCAGGCCCAGGCCAAGAGCAAGAAGGAGGGCGCCAAUGGUGCCGACAAGAACAAGGCUUUCGAGAGAGGCCAAAACUCUAAAGAGUCCCAUGCCAUCCAGAAGAAGCUGGCCCUCGAGCGCAAGGCCGCGAAGCCCUUGGCCGACGAGCUGGCACGAACCAAGAAGAUUUGGGAGAGACUGCGGAGGAAGUCCCACGUGCCGUCUGAGGAGCGGAAGCAGCUGGUCGAUGAGCUCUUUACCAUCAUCACCGGCCGGAUCAAGGAUUUCGUCAUGAAGCACGACGCCACGCGCGCUGUCCAGACCGCUCUCAAAUAUGCCACCGCCGCGCAACGGAAACAGAUUACCCGUGAGCUGCAGGGAACCUAUACCCAGCUGGCUGAGAGCCGUUACGCCAAGUUCCUUAUUGCCAAGAUGGUCGUGCAGGCCGACGGCGAGAUCAAGGACCUCAUCAUCCCCGAGUUUUACGGCAAGGUGCGCAAGUUGAUCAACCACCCCGAGGCGUCAUGGAUUCUCGACGACAUCUACCGGCAAAUCGCGACGAAGGAGCAGAAGGCCAUCCUUCUGAGAGAGUGGUACGGGCCUGAGUUUGCUCUCCUCGAGCGCAGCAAGGACGAGAAGCCGACUUCGGACCUGGCCGAGAUCCUUGAGCAGAACCCCAGCAAGAAGCAGCCCAUCCUGAAAAGUCUGCACGACAUGAUCAACUCGUUGGUCCAGAAGAAGAUGACCGGUUUCACUAUGCUGCACGACGCCAUGCUGCAAUACUUCCUGAACAUUAAGCCCGGCACAGAAGAUUUCAACUUGUUCAUCGAGAUGAUCAAGGACGACGAGGAGGGCGACCUGCUAAAGAACAUGGCAUUCACCCGCUCCGGAUCUCGGUUAGUGGCGUUGCUGUUGGCCAACGGCACCUCCAAGGACCGUAGAAACCUGCUCAAGGCUUACAAGGAUAACUUCGUCCUGAUGUCGGGCGACGCCUUUGCGCACAUUGUUAUUCUCACUGCCUUUGAUGUGAUCGACGAUACAAAGAUGACGUCGAAGGCCAUCUUCCCUGAGCUGAUUGGCGACGACAAGGAGAAGACGACAGAAAACAUUGUCGUCUCCACAACAAAUCCCUACGCGAGGGCCACCCUUCUGUACCUAUUGGAGGGCCAGAGUAGAGCCCUUUUCCCCGCGAACAUGAGCGAGGACCUGGCCAUCCUCAAAGAGGUCCACGAGAUCCGCCAGACAACCAGUAAGAAGGACGCCGAGGUGCGGAGAAAGGAGUUGGUUGCUGUCAUUUCGCCGGCGCUUGUGGAGGCUGUAGUGUCUGCCGCGCCGGCUUUGGUAGCAGACCCCUUUGGCUGCCAGCUGGUUGCGGACGUUCUCCUCUCUGCGGAGGGUGACAAGACGGCCGCCCUCGAGGCCGUGGCAGCGGUUGCUGAGGGUGACCCGAGCGCGGAGCCUAUGGAGGUCGAGGGCAUCACCACUCCUGUCCACGUUUCGCGGACACCAUUCGGAGGUCGGUUGAUCAAGACGCUCAUCGCCGGCGGCAAGUUCAACAAGGAGACCGGCAAAGUCGAGCCCGUCGAGCCGCCAUUGAAAUUCGCUGAUAUCCUGUACCCCGUCAUCAAGGACUACGUCCUGGACUGGGCGACAGGACCGAGCUCCUUUGUUGUGCUCAACAUGCUGGAGGCUGAGGAUUUCAGCCACGCGUCCGAGUUGAAGAAGACGCUCAAGAAGCACAAAAAGGCCCUCGAGAAGGCGGCGACGGAGGAGACGGCCGAGCAGAAGGAGGCCAAGGAGGCCAAGGCCCAGAAGGAGAGCGAAAAGAGCGACAAGGGCGCGAAGAAGGGCAAGAAGAGCGGUGCCAAGUCGGAUAAGCCCGUGGGCAACCUUGGCAGCAAGCUCCUGCUGGAGAAGUUGUAG